AUGGUCUACUGUGACAACCAUGUCGAAAACUACGACGGCAACACCCAGAACCAGGCGUCCGAAGCCCGCAAGGUCCUGGCGCUGUACGACAAGAACCAACGGAGCAACCACUGGUCUCGAUCACGGACGACGCACACCCAGAUGGUUGAGGACAGGGCAGCGGAUCGCUGCUCUUGCUGCAAGCGGUCUGCGGCGGCACUACAGAUGGAUUCCUUGACGAACAACAGGACGUUCAUUGCCCCGGCGCGCGUGCUCCAGUGCCUGCUGCCAGAUGUGCUGAACAACGAGUACGUGAUGUAUGCGAUUGCACACUCGAGCAAUGAAGACAUCUUCAACUUCGAAGGGUGCCAGGCGAUCAUCAGCUUGGGCUGGCACCAGGCCUGGCGAGGCGCCUUCAUUGACAGCUGCGUUAGCGUCAGCUUGGCGGUGCUGUUCGCGAUCAUCACACUUUUCCUGCAAGGGGCACAGGAGAACGCUGAAGGAAAGAUCACCAGUGACAGGUACGUGGUCUUGGGCAUCUGCGCUGUUCUGGUAUCUCUGAACUUCCUGAAGGAGCUGUUUUCACUGCAGGGCAUGUUCCUGCUUGGAAAGCUGCGCCAGCACUUCAUGACAGCAGCCAACUACGUCGCCUGGGUGCGCAUGGGCGUUAGCUACGUCGUCAUCCUAGACUUGGCCUACGAACGUCAGCAGUGGACGGCGCCGUCCACGGAGUUUAGUAUCCUCUUGGCCUUCACGGUGCUACUGCGCUGGGGCCACGUCCUCACGACCUUUCGGGGCUACCAAUGGGUGGGCGAGAAGGUGCUGCCAAUCGAGCGGGCGCUGAUCUCGUCGCGGAUGUUCGCUGCAAUCCUGUUGGUUGCAUGCUGUGCCUUCACCAACGCGUACAUCGCGCUCGGACUCACUGGGGCGGAGAGAGUUCUGGAGUCGUUCUAUGUGAUCUAUCGCCUCGGCUUCUUGAGUGACCUCGAGCAUUCUGUGUGGAACACGCAGGACACCAAGAAGGACUUGGCGGCCGUACUUGGCAUGAUUUCCGGCCUCCUGAUGACCGUGGUGAUGAUGAACAUCUUCAUCGGCAUUCUUUCAGAAAGCUACGCCCAGGCGUACCACAACCGUUAUCGCAGCUUUCAGCGCGAACGUUCCCGCAUUGCUUUCGCCCACAGCGUCAGGAAGCGUGCUUCGGAUGCCUGGUGUUCGGCCUGCUGCCGCUGCCGCAAGCGGGCCGAAGCGGCCGCCAACAGCAAGUACCUCUGGUACAGCGUCAAGCAGCAACAGGCAGCUCCGCAGAUGAGCACCAAGCACUCUCGUCCGGAGAAGCAACGGACCUACUCAGCCGGGAGGCGAAUGUCCAGCAUCGUCCGAGGGCUUCUGGUUCAGAAGCAGUCGAAUACAGGGCCUCGUUCAGAGAGCCUGUCUGGUGCGAGUGGCGCCGGUAAGAAGCAGCUGCCCCGUGGCCUCAGCGUCCUCAGCCGCCUGAGCAAUAUCGAGCAGCAUUCCGCACCGCCGCCUCUGCAGGACAGCUCGCCGCUCAAGGGCAUCGUUCCAAGCCCUGACAGCGGCAAGCAGUCAUCGCCACCGAACAGGAGCCCACCUCUCAGCUACCAUGGCCCACCAGGAGAUACGGUGCCUGGCAUGGUGGAUGUUGUGGAGGAGGAACUGCCAGACUCUCCUUCAAACGGCCGUGCGUGGGAGCCUGUCCUCAGCAUCGACAACGUGGAGCAAGAGUGA